CAACAACAACAACAACAACAAUGCAAUGCCGGUAAUGGCAUAAAUGCUGUUGGCAACACUGUUGGUGGUAUUGGGACUGGUGGUAUUGCAUGCAAUGCUGCCAAUGUCAGCAUAUUAAAUAAUGCUAACAAUAAAGCUGAUUUGGAGAAUCAUUAUUAUCAUCAACAUUAUGGACGUAAUGCCGGUAACAAUGGUAGUGGUGGUAACGGCAACGGUGGUGUUGGUAGUUUAAAUAGCAAUGGCAAUACUGUCGAAGGUCGUGGCAUUGUUGGCAACGGUGCGCCACCUACAUCGCUAACUGGUUUAGAAAAAUUAGGUUAUGGUCAUGGUCAUAUAAAGCAACAGUCGGUCUAUAAAAAACUUAUUGUUUAUAGGAAUCAUCAUCAUCAUGUGCUGUGUGCUGGUUCGGUGCAUAACCCACUGGGUGGUGGCGGUGUUGUCAACCACAAUUGCCAAGUGAAUGGCUGUGGUGCUGUACAAAAUGGAGGAAAAGAUGGCGCCAGUGUUGGCAAUAAUGCCAAUUCGGUAAACUCAACAAACGCCCUGCACUAUUGUUGUGGACGUUCGAAGUUCUUUUUACCAGACAAGCGUCCACGCAAAGAAAUCAUUAUACCGCCCACAAAAUUUUUGCUUGGUGGCAAUAUAUCAGAUCCGCUUAAUUUAAAUUCAUUACAAAAUGAAACAUCCAAUGCUUCCUCAAAUAAUAAUACGCCGGCGACAACACCACGCCGUUCACCCAUAACCACUCCACCAAAAGUGGAAGUAAUUAUACCGCCUAACAUACAUGACCCUUUGCAUUUGUUGGAUCCGGUUGACUCUAUGGAAUAUGAAAAACAACUAACAUCACCGAUGAAACGUUGUGGCGGUGGCGGCGGUGGUUUGCGCGGCAUACACAAGCCACAUAAACAUCGUCACCGUAAGAAUCGGAAGCCAAAGCGGCGCCGUCAUGAAUCAUAUAAUUCGACAUCAAAUGCCAACACCGAAAUGGAUGACACGUGCUCACUUGGCAACGGCACAAUGUCGACUGAUACAUCGUCUGCCGCGCUUUCAAUUUCAUUAGACUUGGAUAGCACUAAUAAAAGCUUAAACAACAUAACAACAACAACAGCUGCUGUUGUUGUUGACUCAUUAACGGGUGAAGAGCGCACUGAGCAGGUUAUUUCACCUGCGCUCUCUGCAACCACUGAUGAAAAUGCUGCGGAACGAAACAGUAGUUUAUUGCGCUCACCACAGAAAGUUGAAAGUUUUGUUGUGUCUGCACAGCAACAUGUUGCUAGCAACAAUACCACUGCAGUGAAUAUUUGCGCGGGAGAAUUAAAUGUUUCUGAUAGCUUGUUACGCGAGCGCCCAAAUAGAGAUUUACGUUUGAAUUUAAGUUCAAUAUUGAAUAGCACGUGCAGUACUUUAAGCGGUGGUAGUGUUGGUGGUAAUGCUUGCGCCAUUGGUGUGGGCAAUGGAGGCGGAAGAAAACGCAAGAUAAGCGAGAGCAAUAACUCGCAAAAAAAUAAGAAAUUCCAUCGUUUGGAUUCGAUGGACAAAAUUGUAAGCCCAGUGGUACCACAACCCGGUGCUUGGAAGCGUCCACCACGUUUAGCAGCGACUGGUGCACGUAAACCAACCAGACGUUCAACGUCGGUCAGUGAAACUGAUUUAUUAAGCCCAGCCGAUGAAGCAGCCAAACUGUUACAUCUGGAAGCUGAAGCAUUACGCGUCGAAACACCAGAUUUUAAUAAAUUAGAAACUAUUCCCGAGGUGGCUUUAGGAAGUCCACUGAGUACAAUCUCUGGUGCCACUUCUGCAACAGCCGGCGAACAUGAAUCUAUGACCGAAGCUGCUAGUACGGGUGACAGUUCCACUACGGCAACGCCUCUGGUUGAACAAAGCAUCACGAGCAUUGCAACUGCUCUCCCCCCAAACGCAACUGCUAUUGCUCAGUUGGUAAAAAUGCCAAAAUUUAAACCGGAAGGUGCUAAAUAUCGUUAUGGAAAUUACGAUCAUUAUGGUGCUUUUCGACAACUCAAUGAAUUUAUGGAUGUGCGCUUGCAAGUAUUCCAGCGACAUUUGGAAUUAUUCCAAAACAAAGACAUACUCGAUAUUGGCUGUAAUGUGGGUCAUAUGACUAUAACUGUUGCGCGUAAUUUGGCACCCAAAUCAAUACUUGGCAUCGAUAUCGAUAAGGACUUAGUGAAUUUGGCGCGACGUCAUCUUUCAAUGUUCGUACGCAUACCACCCGAUACGAAAAAAAAUACAACAACAGCUACUGUAACAAAACCACAUGUGAAUGUAGUAAUUAAAAAUGAAAAUGAUAACAAACCUACGAUUGUUGCAACAGUUGAUGCAGUUGAUACACCAGAUGUAUCGGGAAAAUCUAAAAGGGCACGACGUAAGAGACGUAAACGCUCCAAACAACAACAACAGGAACAACAACAACUUCAACAGCAGCAGCAACAGCAAGUCGUGCUGCUGCAUCACCAUCAUCAUCACCACCACCAUCAUCAUCAUCAUAACACAUUUGAACAAGAGAAAUUACGUGUGGAUGCAGCCGAAUUCUUUCCAGUCUCAUUCCCGCUCAUAUAUGGCGGUAUCCCAUUGAAAAAUCCACGUGAAAACUUGCCCACAGCUACUAGUACUCUUGCACACGCUGGCACAACAGGAGCUGCCAAUAACUCACCAAACGACAGCGCCGUUCAUGGCAAUACGAAAAAUACAUUUCCAGCGAAUGUCUUCUUUCGUCAAACGAACUAUGUGCUGAAGGAUGAAGCGCUUCUCGCCAAUGACACACAGCAAUAUGAUCUCAUUUUGUGUCUGUCGGUGACGAAGUGGAUACACUUAAAUUUUGGUGAUGCCGGUCUGAAGUUGGCGUUCAAACGUAUGUUCAACCAGUUGCGACCUGGUGGCAAAUUAAUACUCGAAGCGCAAAAUUGGGCCAGUUACAAGAAGAAGAAGAAUUUGACUGAGGAAAUAUAUAAUAAUUAUCGCAACAUUGAGUUCUUUCCAAAUAAGUUUCAUGAAUACUUACUCAGCUCUGAAGUGGGUUUUAGUCAUAGUUAUACAUUAGGUGUGCCAAGACAUUUAAAUAAAGGCUUCUGUCGUCCUAUACAGCUUUACGCCAAGGGUGACUACACGCCAAAUCAUGUACGCUGGAGUGAUGCUUAUAAUCCGCAAACACCUUAUGAAGCAUAUCGUGGUAUAUAUGCUACAAUGACUCCACGCCCCACUGGCAUGGCUUAUCCGAUGUCUUCGACACGUAGUCAAACAUAUGAUACACCGCAUUAUAGUGGCGGUACUUCGGGUCCGUAUAGUAGUCAUCAAACUCCAAUGUAUCAGCCCACCUCACAAUAUUAUAAUCCAUUGGAAACUGAUUCUUAUUUGCCAUCCUACGAUAUGGAAUAUCUAAAUCAUAUGUAUGUGUUCGCUUCGCCACUUUACCAAACUGUUUGGUCGCCGCCAGCAAGUCUACGCAACAGUUCUUCGCAUACGCCUGUAUUCGGUAGCGUACGUGAUGCUGAAAUCGAUAGUGACGGUGGUGGCGGAAGUAGCGGAAAUUAUCACAGACACGUCUAUCCACCCAACGAUGAUACUUCAUCACCAAAUGCUAAUGCAGGUGGUGCAUUUAAUUCAAUACGUGAGGCUGACACAGAUGAUUCCAAUCAACAGGGCAGAGUACGGCACGUUUAUGCAACAAAUUGCGGUGAAAGCUCCUCUUCACCGCAAGUUAAUCAUCACGACUCCGAAACCAUUGAUGGGUUAAUGCUCGAUGAGGAACCUGUUAAUAGUUGCGAUAUUAAUGAAGCUUAAAUUAAACUUAAAUUAAUCGAAUAAGCAACAAGCAUAUACGUAAUAAGGAAUAUUAUUGCUUCUUAAGAAAAUAAUUAUUAUGAAAUUUAUAAAACGCUUAACAAUUUUUCAAAAAUAUUUUAUUACGUUUUUUUUUUGUUUUAAAUCGAGAUUUGUAACGCUAAGCAAAGUUUAAAAUUGUCUUAUGAUAUUAAAUAAAUAUGUCACUUUAUUUAUUGUUUAUAACAUAUACAAAUACACACAUAUACAUGUUUACAUAGAUAUAUAUAUGUAUAUAUACAUAUAUGAACUAUACAUAUGCAAAUUAAUAAU